AUGCUCGCCACCCGCGUAUGGUUUGGCUUCAACAACGGCCAAGGGGCGGUCGACGGCCUCUGGGCCGGCGGCAGCGACCUGGCCACUGACUUUCUGGAGGUGGUGCGGCUGGUGUCGCUCCUGGGAUUCAACGCCGUGCGCCUCCCGUUCCGGCCGCUGCCGCCGGCGCCGAUUUCCAUCGCGCGGCCGGGGGGCGCCAAGGCAUGCAACUCGUACAUGCCGACCGGCACUGGGCUGGACCGCCUGCUGUGGACUGUGCAGGUGCUCAACGCCCACAGCCUGUACGUCAUCCUGGACUACCACGGCUCCUCAGGGCAAGCCCUAGAAACCGAUGGCGUCGCACGCGCCGACGCGUUCGCGGCCCGCUGGGCCGACGUGUGGCGCGCGGUCGCGUGCCUCCCUGGGUGGCGCGAGGACCUGGCGGGGCGGGUGGCGGCCGACAUCCUGAAUGAGCCGGAUAUGCUGGGGCUCAAGUGA